GCUGAUUGUGAACAUAUGCAGUAUUUGGCUACUUUUUAUGAUGCGUUCGCAUAUUUUGUGCGCUACGUUUUUUACGUGUUCUGGGCUUUGUUCAUGACCGGGCUAACCGUGGCGUUAGUUCGGGUUUUUGCUCCUUACGCUUGUGGCUCAGGAAUUCCUGAGAUUAAGUGCAUCCUUAGCGGAUUUAUCAUUCGCGGUUACCUCGGCAAAUGGACGCUGAUAAUCAAAAGCGUCGGUCUGGCGCUAGCAGCGUCUUCCGGACUGUCGUUGGGCAAAGAAGGUCCCAUGGUUCAUUUGGCAUGCUGCAUCGGCAACAUUUUCUCUUACCUCUUCCCCAAGUAUGGAAAAAACGAAGCGAAAAAGCGAGAGAUUUUGUCUGCUUCCGCGGCAGCGGGCGUUUCCGUGGCUUUUGGGGCUCCAAUUGGUGGAGUACUUUUCAGCUUGGAGGAGGCCAGCUAUUAUUUUCCGCUGAAGACGCUGUGGCGUUCGUUUUUCUGUGCGCUGGUUGCCGGUCUGGUUUUAAAGUUCAUUAAUCCGUUCGGUUCAGACCAGACGUCACUGUUCGCGGUCGAUUACCCAAUGAAAUGGUCGUAUAUUGAGUUAAUUCCUUUUUCAAUGCUUGGUGUCUUUGGAGGUCUUAUCGGUACACUGUUCAUUAAAGCGAACAUCUGGUGGUGUCGCUAUCGCAAGACAUCAAAGCUGGGUCGCUAUCCCAUUUCUGAGGUGUUGGUUGUGACGGCUGUCACUGCGAUUCUGAGUUUUCCCAGUUCAUAUACUAGGAAGAGUUCAAGCGCGCUGCUUCGUCAGUUGUUUGAUCGAUGCGGUCCGGAAGACAUUUCAGAACUAUGCGAUUACAACUUCAAUUUCGAAACAACGACGGCUGGAGGAUCUGCAACCGCCGGCGCAAUGGGUCCUGGUGUUCAUAAUGCCGUUUGGAAGUUGAUUUUGGCGUUGAUCUUCAAGCUUGUCAUUACCAUCUUCACAUUCGGCAUCAAGGUGCCGGCCGGUCUAUUCAUUCCUAGUUUGGCCAUCGGCGCGAUUGGGGGUCGUUUGAUUGGCAUCGGCAUGGAUCACAUGGCAUAUAUGCAUUGCGAUACAGGUAAGAUCUGCAUUCAGCCGGGACUCUACGCCAUGGUCGGUGCUGCUGCGGUUUUGGGUGGUGUCACACGAAUGACAGUUUCGCUCGUCGUUAUCAUGUUCGAAUUGACUGGCAGUCUGGAGUUCAUUGUACCAACUAUGGCCGCGGUAAUGUUCGCCAAAUGGGUCGGCGAUGCGAUCGACCGAAAGGGGAUCUACGACGCACAUAUCGCUUUAAACGGCUACCCAUUCCUGGACAGCAAAGAGGAAUUUACGCAUAACACGGUAGCAGCCGACGUUAUGCGUCCUCGACGAAUCACCGGGCUCACGGUACUGUCUGAACUACAGAUAUCCGAUAGAGAGCCAGGAGACAGUGUUCUGCGCGUCAUAACUCAAGAGGGAAUGACCUUGGGUGACAUUGAAGAGUUACUCAAUUCGACUAGUCAUAAUGGAUUUCCGGUUGUCGUAUCAGAGGAUUGUCCGAAUCUGAUAGGCUUCGUAACACGAAGGGAUCUGUCAUUGGCAAUUAGCAAUGCGCGAAGAACACAGGAUGGAAUCGUCACCGAUUCUAUGGUGUACUUCAGCGUCGCUGCACCCUCUGCUCCUGAAGUCACCGGUGGGCCGUCUCCUUUGAAACUGCGCAAGCUGCUCGAUCUUGCACCGAUCACAAUCACUGAUCGCACGCCAAUGGAAACGGUCAUCGACAUGUUCAGAAAAUUGGGUCUGCGUCAAACGUUAGUUACACAUAAUGGUACUGAUCUUUUAUCCUUUCUUCGAUUCUGUUGCCGGUUUCUGCAGUAUACCUGA